AUGGGUCUAGACCAAAUCGAAGAGCAGGCCAUGGAUUUUGAAAGCCUAAAGGAAUUGAUAAAGCCAUCCCAGAUAAGAAAAAUCCUAUUGGUUUCAGAAAGUCUUUGGAUUAUUAUUCAGGAAAGCAAGCUAAAGCAAGGAAAACGUACUGGAAGAUGCAUGAGUAUUUGGUUAAUCGAAAGCUUGUUUCUUCAGCUACUACUUCCAGACACAAAAACCCAUUGCAACCUAUGCUGCUAUGGCUUUCAACCCAUCCAUAGAUGUGGAGAUCAAGUUUGUUGUAGUGACUGCAUGGAGAUGCCCAACAUAAAUAAUCAUCAAUCAGUGCCAGCUGCGGAACCAAUUCCUUCUCUCCUACCUGUUCAACCCAUCUAUGGAUAUGAAGAUCAAGUUUAUUACAGUGACUACAUGGAGAUGCCCACCAUGAAUAAUCAUCAAUCAGAGGAAUCAAUUUCUUCUCUUCAACCUGUUCAACUCAUCUAUGGAUAUGGAGAUCAAGUUUGUCAUAGUGACUGCAUGGAGAUGCCCACCAUGAAUAAUCAUCAAUCUGAGGAACCAAUUCCUUCUCUCCAGCCUGUUCAACCCAUCUGUGGAUGCGGAGAUCAAGUUUGUUAUAAUGAAUGCAUGGAGAUACCCACCAUGAAUAAUCAUCAAUCAGCACCAACUAGGGAAUCAAUUCCUUCUCUCAAACCUGCUAUUGAGAAAAAUAACUUAGAAUUGGGUGCUCAACUCUUUAAGAUCUGCCUUCUCCCGUUGGAGAGUACCGUCAUCAGUUGCAACUUUUAA